AUGGUUGAUUUGGCUUCAACAGCAAUGUUAAUGUUUUCCAAAGGAAAGGAAAACAUUGAUGUGAUGAUAAUCAAUGUCAAUUCAUUUGAUCUACUUUCCUUUAAGCUUUUGGAUCAAGCUGUGGCCUUGUACAUCAGCUCAGUCGUUGUAUGUGAUGAACCCGGUCCAUUCUUAGCAGAGAAGGCCUUGAAUGCUGGAGCUUACCUUUACCUGAAAAAGCCACUUCUCGAGGAAAUUGUGAAAUACUUAUGGCAAUUUGUAUUGAGGGAGAAAAAUCAAAAGAAAAAAGUGAGAGAAGGAUUAGAAGAAAAUGGAGAUCAGGUGAAUGUUAUUGGGGAUCCUGAUGAUAUUGGUAACAAAGAUAUUAUUGGAAAUGAUGAACAAGAUGGAGAGAAGAAUGUGCCUAAUACUGAGGAACAUAGCAAUAACAUUCAUAAGGCUGAAAACAAUAUCGUAUCGAAUGGAAAAUACAAGUUAAGGAGGAAGAGAGGGUGUUACCCAACUGACAUUCUUAAGGCGAUGAAUGUGCCUGGACUUACCAACAGGCAAGUUGCAAGCCAUCUUCAGAGCUUCAGAAGAGCGAAAAUCUAUUCGCCACCCCCAUCAGGUCAAGGAUCCUCAAGUGGUUCUCAACAAAGAAGUAGCUUUAGAAAUUUUGGGACAAUGCUUCGUCUUCAAACAAAUGUUGCAAAUCUGAAACAACAGCAACGUAACAUAGUUCAAAUCCAAAGUGGCCAAAAAGGAGAUAGUUCAACUCAGCAGCAGCUCUAUCGAACUCAACUUCAGGUUCAACCCAUAUACCUCAACAUUGACAGCCCAUUCAAUAACCCAUUUUUGUUGGUCAGAAAUAAUGUUGAUGGUGGGAUACAACAACAACAUGGAUCAUUAUUUGGAAUGCUGGGUUCACAAGGACUUUAA